ACUUAUGCUAACCGCUUUCAGCACGCCUCAGUUGUGUUCCGUCAUCUCGUGAAACAACAGCUAGUGAGACCAACUCCUGCGAAGUUGCCUGACAACCGGGACUUGAUGGGGUCACGUGGAAGGUGGAUUCGAGCCGCGACGAAGGCAAAGAAAAGUCGAAGUCCGAUGGUUCGAACCGCGAGUGGGCAGUUGCUGAAGGACCUCCACGAAGGACUUGACCUGAGUCGAUGGGAGCCCGAACUUUGCGUUCAGAUGCUGAGAAUUCCGUCAGUCAACAAUUACUCCGCCAUUGCAAAGCUCCUCGCCAAAGCCAACAAGGAAUGGCUUCUGGAAUUCCUGGAACGAGAUGGUCUGGGUGUCUUGCUAGAGAGUUUGAACCGCCUGGGUGACCGACGAGUUCCCUCGGUGGCAGACGCACUCACCCAGAUGCAAUGCAUGUCUUGUCUUAGGACCGUAAUGAAUUUCCGACCGGGUCUGCAUUACAUCGUGGAUCGAAAUGAGUACACGCGGAAGCUAGCUUCAGUUUUGUCUUCAAGUAACCCCACCGUGAAGCUUCAGGUGUACGAACUGCUUUGCGCCGUGAGUCUUGCAUCGCCCCGAGGCCAUGUUCUG